CCUUUACGUACCUGCACACGUCCGUCCGCUUUUUCAUCUGCUGGAGCAAAACAAAUGAGCCAACCGUUGGAAGCUGCUUCCUUACGUCGUGCCACUGACCAGUAACGGACAACUCAUUUCGGACUUUCUUGGACUAAUUGAACUCGGCGCUGAUCGAACCGCACAUGCCAUACCUGACGGAAUAGUGAGACUUUGAGGAAGCAGAUUUGGACAACUGGAUCGAUAAGUUGGUCGCUGUGUGCGCAAACAGUGCUUCUGUUAACGUUGGUGUGUACAACGAACGGCAUUGUGCCUCAAUGUAAGCAACUCGCUGCAGCUGGAGGCUCCCUAGUGGACUUUUUGUGUACUGCGCACACACUGGAGAACUGCGCAAAGUCAACUGAUCACAGUGUGCGUUACUCUGAUACAGUUCAUCGCUCUGUGAUCAAGCUGCUGUAAUUGUAUUUACAGAAGGGUGGUGCAAAAAGAUACACUGAAGAAAUUGCUUGAAGAAAAUGGGAUCACUUUUGUGAAACUGAGCACGUUUCACAAUGUCAGAUGGUCUGCAUUGAGGCAUGAAACAAUGCGAAAUAUACCCACUGCCAGUCAUUCAAAUGAAAGCUGGCUUCAAGUGAUACAAGCGAAUUGCAGCAUAUCCGCACAAAGCGUUUUCAAUGUCUUCUGGCCAAUAUGCCUGUUGGUAACAUUUUGAAGACCACAUCCUUGAGGUUUCAGAAGGAAAAACAUAAGCAUUGGAGAAUGUCAAGAUGAACUAAUGGUGGCCAUUGGAUAGUUCACACUUCUGCUUGACCGUCGUGGUUGCCAUAGGACACGCUGUUUCGAAUGCUGAUGCUGACAGAGACAAGUCAAACUUACAAAAAUGGUUAUUUGAAGAAUUUGGAAUUAGAUACGGGUGGCACGGUGGUCGACUGGUUAGCAUUCCCACAUCUCAGCAUCACAAAAACCACAUACAGAUCUCGUCUGUCACAUGCCCGUCUCUCACCCCUGAUGCACAUUCACCUGUCUAAAAUGACAACAAAGGCAUAUGGCCCAAAGUCAGCUCUUAACCUGUGGAUGGAAACUGCUAAUCGGAGGCUCAAGCAGGGACAAGGAGAUGUAUCUACAGCAUUUACCGUGCUGGUCACUGAAACAGAUGACAGUGUGGCGACAGAGGAGGAGAUCGAGGAAGAUGCUACAUCAGACCACACAGUGAGGACCAAACACAGUCUCCUGGUACUCAUACCUUAUUAUCUCACCAAUCGCCAAUUAACUGUCCUCACAACGCACAGUGAAAAGGUCACCAAUAUUUGUAAGUGGCUGUCCUCUGUGGCAUGUUAUCCACUAGAAUAUGCUACUAGCAACGCAACCUGGGACUGCCCAUCCAGUUGUCUGGUGCUGAAGCCCCAGGCCAGCCCUAGAGGAGCCCUGCUUCAACAUCACCACAUAAAUACAUUUUCUCCUGUUGUAUUAGUUCUGCCUGAAUAAAAAGCAAACACAAAACGGUUUGUGUCCUAUUGAU